AUGUCCCUUCUUCACCCGUCAGAGUCCGAAUGUACUCCUCUUGAUUCCUCCUCCGUAUCCAGUUAUGAUGGAAGUGCUUCCCUGCCAACAUCGCCAGAAAUCAUGGGUCAGAUGCUAGGGGAACUUCAAGAAAGUUGUUGUCCGACCUCUUCAGCAUUUUCACUCGACCGACCACCAGAGAUUAAGGAACCGACCACUCCCCUUGAUUUGGGAACGAUCAGAGUCUAUCAGUGCCUAGAGUUAGACGUCUUGGAACUUGACAGUUGUCUUUGCGUUGGCGGACCUCAUGCAAGCACUCCCUUUCCAGGGACUAAGAUCGAUGCCUUGAUCGAGCGAGGCUGGAUCGAGACAGAUGUCGUGGCAAACCAGAGUCAUGCAGGCCAUUAUUCUGUCCGAAUCUUAGUCAAUGCUGAAAAUAUGGGACGAUUUAUCCGCAAAAGCUCCCUACUCGAAUGCAGGAGGCUUCUAAAGCACAUAUUGACUUAUGUGGACAAAUCGAAAUCUGCUUGGAAUGGCGAUUGGGGUCCUGAUACUGCUUUCGAGUCUUACUUGGUCUGUCCAGAGCAAGAAUCACUCUUCUAUCUGUUCAAUACGUUACCCUCACCCGCACCCUUAGCCGAGAAGAUUGUUGAUGUCCAUGCCAGACGAGCAAUGGAAGAUAUUUUUGACAAUUCGGUGGCUGGACUUCAGACUUUGCUGUACUCGUACCAACAACGAUCAGCAGCCAUGAUGAUUCAGAGAGAAACGUCUCCCAAAAGAUCACCAGAUCCACGGAAGCCUUGCUUCUGCGGGCCCACUGGUCAGUCGUUCUACUACGACAAGGAGGAAGGCAUUUUGCUUUUACAACCUCCAUUGUAUGAGGAGCCAAGAGGAGGCAUCUUAGCGGAGACUAUGGGCUAUGGGAAGACUCUCAUAUGCCUUGCAGUUAUAUCAGCUACCAAAGGGCAUUACUCCCGUAUGCCGGAGGAUCGAUUAGGAAUACCAAGGAAAGCGCGUCUGGAAGUGGCAAGCUUAGCUGAAAUGGCGGUAGCCAAAAUCAUUGACGAUGCUGUGCCUUGGAAGGUUGAAUUCCAUGAUCUUGCCAUGAGCGGCUUUCAUCACGAUAGAUGCCUUGACAUGCUCCGAUCUUCUUUCAAAGAGUACACAGAGCGUCUCUUGACUCCUCAAACGCCCAAUCGAAAUGGCAAGCGGCGAACUGAGAAGAGUGUGAGACUAUGCUCAACGAACCUGAUCAUCGUUCCACCAAAUCUGUUGGUUCAAUGGCAGCAGGAGAUCAAGAAGCAUACAGAGGCCGGUGCGCUUGAUGUGCUUGUCCUCGAUCAUACUUGCAAGGCCAUCCCUCAUCGUGACCAACUGACGGAUUACGAUGUUGUUUUGAUCACCAAAGGUCGCUUUGAUCAAGAAUACCGGGACGAUGACCUGAACACCGGCAAACGGCCGAGAGCUGGUGAACAGUAUCAGUCACCACUUACUGACCUCCGAUGGCUUCGCGUCAUUCUGGACGAAGGAGUAGGGUUUGCUAGUACGGCAGCGGUUCGUACCAAUGCUAUGGCGAUGCUUGAAAAGAUGUACUUCGACCGCCGAUGGGUAGUGUCAGGAACACCAUCUAACUCUCUUCGUGGCGUGGAGGUGGGACUGGCUGCAAAUGAAACGAUUUCAGACAAGGGAGCGGCGCACAAUGAUCUGCAGCAUACACUUCAAAAGCGGCGCCGGAGUGAUGUCUUGGAUCGAGAAAGCCGAGAUCUUGACAAGCUUAGGAUGAUCAUCACCAGAUUUCUGAAGGUACAGCCAUGGGCCAACAUGCCUGGGUCUGAUCAUGCCAGUUGGUCGAGGUAUUUAUCGCCGUUCGACAACAAAGGGAGGCGAAGAAAUGUAACCGGCUUACGUGGCCUUCUCGAAAGCAUUAUUGUUCGUCAUACCAUCGAAGACAUCGAGAUCGAUCUUUCGCUGCCUCCACUACACAACCAAGUUGUUUAUCUUGAGCCGUCAUUCUAUGACAAGCUAUCAAUUAAUCUUUUCAACACAGUUCUCGUGUCCAAUGCAGUCACUUCGGAACGAUCAGACGAAGAUUACAUGUUUCACCCAAAGAACCGAAGACAGCUAGAUCUCCUUAUCAGUAAUCUGCGACAGUCGAGCUUUCACUGGGUCGGCUUCAAGAAACACGAUGUUGAGGAGCCUGUUCGGAUCAGUAAGAAGUAUCUGAUGGAAAAUGCUCAGACCAUCUCAGCAACUGACCGACGUCUCCUCAUGAGCGCUGUUGAGGCUGGAGAACGAGCUGUCAACGAUCCUGGUUGGCUUGCAUUCUCUACUUUGCACGAGGUCGGUGUUAUCGUGGACGACUUCCCAGAGCAGGCGGCUGAGACUUGGGCACUUGGCCAACCCUCGCAGCCCUUGCUUCUUGGUACUGUCCAAGCCAGAGCAGCCCAGAAAUACGUUGAAGAACAUGUGGGAGAUGACGAUCCGAUGGAAGGACUUCCUGGAGCUGGACUCAGGGCUAUGCAAGCAGCCCGCAAACGUGCAGUCGAUGAGGACAGGACAGCAGCCAAGAACCGUGUGGCGGGCUCUCAGCUGAUCGAGGAGCCGAAGAUCAAGGACCAAACGAAACGAAAGAGGAUCACAAGCUUAGCAGACAGCUCUGCCUCCAAACGUGCUCGACUCAAUAACUCUUCACAACCACCAUCUCUGCCACCCGACUCACCUCUCCGGAACACCAAGAUCAUCGGCUUCUCCUCCGCCAAACUCAGCUACCUCGUGGACCAAAUCUCCCUGCACCAACCGACAUGCAAAAUCAUAGUCUUCUACGACACUAACAACGUUGCCUUCUGGCUAGCCGAAGCCUUGGAACUUCUCUCCUUCUCCUUCUUGAUCUACGCCAACACUCUUCCCCAAACCCUGCGCUCACAGUACCUCUCUCUUUUCAAUUCCAACCCGGCCAUCCGUAUCCUCCUGAUGGACAUCCGACAAGCCUCACACGGCCUGCACAUUGCUGCCGCCAACCGUGUAUACAUCGUCAACCCGAUCUGGCAGCCCAACAUUGAGGCUCAGGCCAUCAAGCGGGCACAUCGGAUUGGACAGACCAAACCGGUGUAUGUAGAGACGUUGGUUUUGAGGGGAACGCUUGAGGAUCGGAUGCUGAAGCGUAGGAAGGAGAUGAGCAAUGUGGAACUGCGAAGAGCGGAGAAGAGUUUGUUGGAUGAUGGAACGAUGAAUCGGAUUAUCAAGGAGAUGGGGUUUUUGGAGUUUGCGAAGGGGGAGGAGGAGGAGGGGCUUGAAGGGCGUGUGGCGAGGCUCAGGGUGCCGCAGAAGCUGUUUGGAAGGACCAAUUUUGACGAGACGAUGGUGUCAGAGCAGGAUUCUAGAAGUGCUGGAUCAAUAACUGAGAGAGCACCGAAUUUGGAGCCGCAGUCACAACCAGCGACCUCGAAAAGGGUGAGGAUAGAUGGUUGA